AUGAAGCGCAAGCUGUCAGAUUCCGGUCUGGAAAAUGACCACCCCGUAUCGACCCCAAAGCGGCUACGGACGGCCCUCGUGCAGGCCAAUGGCGCCCUGAACGGCCAGGCCCCGAACAGCGAUGCCCCCUACGAGCUUCCUCCUACACCACACGGUCAAUCCACUCCAAAAAAGGCCAAUGGAAUUGCUGCAACGCCAUUGAAGGAAUCCGGGCUGAAGACGCCUACCCACAAAUCCAAGGCUCGGAACCUCUUUGCCACGCCCACGAAGCCCAAGACUCCGAAUGCCGCUACGCCGGGCCGCUUGAAGAAUGCAGACCGAUCUGCGAAGAAGAAGAGUGCGCGAGUGCUUUUUGAACAAGAUGAAGAUGAUGCUUGGGAUGGAUCCGAGCAACUUGCGGAGGAGAUUCUACAAGGAGAUGGGCCCGAAGCGGAUAAAGCUGGCGAGGAGUUGGCAGACAGUGUUGAAGGAGGCGAUAAGGAGAAGACCUCGAAAUCAGAUACAAAAGCUCCCAAGCGCCGGGCCGGUCGGCCAAAGGGUGCUAGGAAUAAGCGGUCCCCGACACCAGAAGGUGAACUGCCAGCGCACGAGCGCUAUUUUUUCCAGAACCGCGCGGGUCCAACCAGGACUUCCAACACGACUCUGAACAAGGUUCCCUUAUUGACACACGAAGAGUAUUUCGAUAAAAUGGGCCAAUUCGUGGACCCAUGCAGAAAGGAGAAGGAAUAUCUGCUCUCGUUGCACCACCGGUCAUUCCCGCAAUGGUAUUUCGAGUUCGAGGAAGGAUUCAACGUGUGCCUCUUUGGAUAUGGCUCGAAGCGCAAGCUCGUCGAUGAGUUUGCAGGUUGGCUGUACCAUCUCUCGGCACCCGCGAAGCCGCCAGUCAUAAUCAUCGUCAAUGGCUACACACCCGGCAUUUCUAUUCGAUCGAUCUUUGCUACUAUUGUGGCAGCCAUCCUCGGCGAUGAUGCACCCUCCAAGCUUGGCGCCCAACCGACAGAGGUACUGGAACUUCUACAAUCAGCUCUCAAAGCUCGACCGGCCAACGAAGAACCCGUCACAGUCCUGAUUAACUCUGUUGAUGCUCCACCACUCCGGCGUGCCGUCAACCAGGCUCUACUCGCUCGUCUGGCCGCUACACCGCGCAUCCGCCUGCUUCUCACAGCAGAUACGCCCAACUUCCCACUGAUGUGGGACAUCAGUCUGCGGGACCAGUUCAAUCUGGUCUUCCACGACAGCACGACCUUUUCACCAUUUGCAGUCGAGACAGACGUGGUGGAAGAAGUGCACGCUUUACUCGGCCGUAAAGGCCGUCGUGUGGGCGGCAAAGAAGGUGUCGGCUUCGUGCUUAAAAGUCUUCCCGAGAACGCACGCAACCUGUACCGUCUGUUGCUAACAGAGCUUUUCUCCGUGAUGGACGACGGUCACCAGUCCGACGAUGAAACGGCAGGCGACGGCGCUAAGAAUGGAGAAGAGAAUGGCAUUGAAUUCCGUUUGCUAUACCAAAAGGCAACGGAGGAAUUCAUUGCAUCUUCUGAGAUGAUGUUCCGCACUUUGCUGAAGGAGUUCCAUGACCACCAGAUGAUCACCUCGCGCAUGGAUCCUAGCGGCAUGGAGAUCCUAGGUGUGCCGCUGUCUCGCGAUGAGAUGGAGGGCGUGUUGGAAGAUCUGGUGCUGGGAUGA